UAUAUAGAAGUUACUUUUAUCACUUUCAAAAGAGGUAAACGUUACCAUAGUGACGUUACUUUGAUAAUAUUUCGUCCCCAAACACACAUUUUAUAAGGUUCGUUUUUUUACAAGAUGUUCGACGCUGAUUGGUCCAUCGAACUUCUUAGUUUAGACCAAAUGUAAAUACGGAAAUGACGUGUUUUGUAUAUUACUGUUUGUUCUUAUUUCUUAACAGGGAGCGAUAUUUGGCUCCUUAAAGCUGAUUGGACUCUUUUAGGGACUUCUAGUAGUCUCAAGUCAGAAGCUGCUCACGUAGAGGAAAAUGUGUUUCUUUCUUUUUACUAUAACUUCGUUUUUCCCCGGGGAGAAGUAGGAGGAGUCUGGAGGAAAGAUGAGAGCAGCGUGAAGGUCGUAGCUUUGUCAUUCGUUGUUAGUCUCGCUGGUGGAAGGAGUGUUCAGUAAGCACUGCUAUGUUCGCAAUUAGUCAUUAGAGCGCUAAUAAGAAAGCUGGAAUACAUAGUGUGAUCUAAAGAUUGGAUGGCUGGUUGGGGAAAUUUAGACGCGCGCGAAUCGCGAUGUGAAGUGACGUCACGACGUCAGAAAUUACUUGUUAGAAAUACCAUUCAGCCCUUCAUGAACAAAGAUGUUUGUUCGAUUGUAUGGCUGGUUGUGGGAAUUCAUUAUGAGCGCGAAUCCCGAUCGAGAAGUAACGUCACGACAAGAGAAGCGAUGUCUUUUAUGAAUGAAGAUAGAAGAUCAAAGAUGACAAUUUGCAAAGACAAUGUUUUGGGUUAUCAGGGUUUUAUUUUUGUAAAUGUUCCGGUCAAUGUACGAAGAGAGCGGCUUCAUGUAUUAUGUUACAGAAGAAAGAAUGAAGACGCGAAAGAUAGAAGACCGAAGAUGCCAAAGAGUUCGAAGAUGACCAAAGAUGCCAAAAACGCUAAAGAGCGGGCUCGUGUCUUUCAUGGUCGAGAUGGUGUACGACAUAGCCAAGGUAUGAGAAGCAAGUAUCAGGAAUUAAACCAAUUUAAGAUUCAGUAUUCAUUUCAGCUUGGAAGUAUCGCUUUCCGUCCUUUUUAUUUUGUAGGGGAUUUAGAGGAAACGCUCUCCUAAUGGUGCAUGUGGUUGGGACCCAGCAAAGCGACAGAAAAUCUUCACUUUUCAAUCUAUCUAGAGCGGGGAAAAAAAUCUUCAUACGGAGCGGGGAAAAAAAUCUUCAUACACCUUCAAUACGAAACGAAAUAUACACCAGCUGCAAACGUUCCACAUUGUCAGUGUACAAAUGUAGAUGAAACUCCGUUAAAUGCAUUGCCGAAAUAAGUUACUUCAUUGCUAUAGCACUCUAUAUUCGAUACCUUUGUUGUAAUUAACCAAACUAUUCGCAGAGUUGUAAUUGCAAUUUGAUUUUGUUCUAUGCGUUUGUAUACACCUCUUUAUGUGUCCUAUAAUAUAGUAGGGUGGCGACGUUGGGGCACCUUCAGCACAUAAUAUCCCAAUAUUCUGAUCGUGUUUUUAAAAAUUAACAACGGGUCUAUGGGAGUCAUGCGGAUAAGGUUUUAUAAUUCUUGAAUGUUUUUUGUUUACUACAAAGUAGGACGAAAAAACAGAACGAAAUGGUGUCCCAUCUUCCCUACCCUAUUUAUCUUUACAAUAUUGUUUAGUUAUCCUGCCGUUUCGUUUUAUUUGUUUUUAAUUUUGCUGUCGUAAUCGAGGAGCCAAAUAAAGUUAUGGUUAUUUUGGGGUUAAGAGACCCCGCAGUACGAGGUCUGCCAAUCAGGAUUUCUACAGAGGGUAAACCAUAUCUUUAUAAUCUUCCAUAUGAAAUAUAGAAAAGUUGCAUAUGUUUACAACAUUGUCAUUGUAAUUUUCUGACAAACCCCUUUUAAUAAAAUGUUGUUUUUUUAUUUAAAUUCGCAAAUCCGUUAUAUAUUGGUACAUGUUAUCUAUAUAAUAGAAAUGUAGUUGACAUCAUUCUGACAACCAUUCAUGUGCCGACCCCUAUUUCCAUCCUGGCACAAAUAACCAUGUUUGUUUGUUCCGCAUGGUGCAAUAAAUAAAUUAU